CACAGUCACUACAGAUGGAGUCACUGUGCAAGUCAAAGGCACAGAGAACUCAAACUGGGCACCAGAGCAUGCUCCCUGCGGCUGGAAUCCGCGUCUUUACUCCUUCAAGCAUCCAACUCUUUAUGAAGACCAUCCGCUGUGGGGAACCUGCGAAAUGUAAGGAUUAGAUGAACUACAGAGUCCUCUGGUAUGGAUUGUGACACGCAGAAGUUCUCUCUGCGCAUGCGCGCCAGCACGUCUCCUCCCUCUACCUGAGAGGGGCGCACCUGGAUCCAACGAGACGGAAGUUUUGUGGAGGCACAGAGCAAAUUGUUUUUGUCUUCGCGAAAAAGUUUCUUUGGAGUUCAAGCAACUGAUUGAGGAUCUCCAAUCGAAGCAGGAUGUCAUUCGUUGACAUUUUAAAGAACAAUUUAGGGUGUUUCUAACCUAACUGUUCCGCGUCUAAUGCGGAAUGCCAUUCCAAAGCCAGCCUGCUCUCUAUUCAAGAAGAAUGAUAGCUCUCCGCAGAGUGCUCCGAAGGCGAUUGCACCCAGUUAAACUGGCGAUAGUGGCCCUUGUCUUUGUCACAUUUGUGUUCUUCAUACAAUGGGAAGUUGGGAGCCAAAACCAACAGGAGGACCCGUGGCUGAAGGAGAUGGCAGUGAAGCGGGAUGCCAUGCUGGGCAUGGUGAUGGGAGCUGUUAAUAACUUCAGGGAUGUGAUUCCAAAGAUGCAGAUCAGAGCCCCUGUACGUCUGCCAGACAGGGCAGACAGCGGGUCCUGUCUGCCGGGUCACUACACUGCCACUGAGCUCAGGCCAGCUCUGGAGCGGCCACCUCAGAACCCUGUUGCUCCUGGAGCAGCUGGGAAAGCUUUCCACACAGAAUCACUGAGCACUGAGGAGCAGAAGGAGAAGGAGAGGGGUGAAGAGAAACACUGCUUUAACCUGUAUGCCAGUGACCGCAUCUCCUUGAGCAGAGACCUGGGCGCAGACACCAGACCACCAGAAUGUAUUGAGCAAACCUUCAAGCGAUGCCCCGCCUUGCCGACCACCAGUGUGAUAAUUGUGUUUCACAAUGAGGCUUGGAGCACCCUGCUAAGGACAGUAUACAGUGUCCUCCACACCUCCCCUGCCAUUCUCCUCAAGGAGAUCAUCCUGGUGGACGACGCCAGCGUUGAUGAAGCGUUGAAGGACAAGCUGGAUGAGUAUUUGAAGCGGCUGAGCAUUGUUCAAGUUGUCCGCCAGCGUGAAAGGAAAGGACUCAUCACCGCUCGGCUGCUGGGUGCCUCCGUAGCCACCGGUGACACACUCACCUUUCUGGAUGCUCACUGUGAAUGCUUCAAUGGAUGGCUGGAGCCCCUGUUGGCCAGGAUAGCAGAUAACUACACUGUAGUAGUGAGUCCUGAUAUAACCACUAUUGAUCUCAAUACUUUUGAGUUUGUGAAACCGUCCCCGUAUGGCCAGAACCACAACCGAGGAAACUUUGACUGGAGCCUUUCCUUCGGCUGGGAGAGUCUACCAGAUCAUGAGAAACAAAGGAGGAAGGAUGAAACAUACCCGAUCAAGACUCCCACAUUUGCUGGUGGGCUUUUCUCCAUCUCAAAAGAAUAUUUCUACCAUAUUGGAAGCUAUGAUGAAAAAAUGGAAAUCUGGGGCGGUGAGAAUAUUGAAAUGUCGUUUAGGGUGUGGCAGUGUGGCGGACAGCUGGAGAUCAUCCCUUGUUCCAUUGUUGGUCAUGUUUUCCGCACCAAGAGCCCCCACACCUUUCCCAAGGGCACACAAGUGAUUGCUCGUAACCAGGUUCGACUGGCGGAGGUCUGGAUGGACGACUACAAGGAGAUCUUUUACCGCCGUAACCAGCAAGCUGCACAGAUGGCAAAAGAUAGGGCCUUUGGAGAGAUCUCCGAACGCAUGGACCUCCGUGCGCGACUGCAGUGCAAGAGCUUCUCAUGGUAUUUGAAGAACGUUUAUCCAGAAGUCUUCAUGCCUGAUCUCAACCCACUCCACUUUGGCUCAGUGAAAAAUGUCGGCAAAGACUCAUGUCUGGAUGUUGGAGAGAACAAUGAGGGUGGGAAACAGCUGAUCAUGUACCCAUGUCACGGACUAGGAGGAAACCAGUAUUUUGAGUUCUCCACACGUCACGAGAUUAGACACAACAUUCAGAAGGAGCUGUGUUUGCACGGGGCAGAGGGGACUGUGAAGCUGGAGGACUGCCAGUAUAAAGGCAGGAACACAUUUGUAGGAGCAGAGCAAAAAUGGGAACUGAAGGAUAACCAGUUAUUCUACAUUCCAGGAUGGAACAUGUGUCUGAGUGCCCGUCAUGAGCAUCCCUCUCUGGCCCUCUGCAACCCCUCGGACAUGUACCAGCUCUGGUCCUUCGUCUGAGUCUGCAAAGUACCACUUUGCAGAAUAGCCACUCUGUAUGCAUAGACGUACUAGGACAUGAGUGUAAUAUACUGUAUGCAGUUAACAUGCAGUCUUUUUUAGAUUUAUGACAUUGAGUUUUAAUUUAUUUUUAUACGUAGAAAAACUGAACUGCUGCUGCUGGGAAGUUUGGACUUUGGGGAGAAACCCCAGUGUGCCACUGCUGGAAAGGAAGAAAUCAAACAAUGAUCCCAGUCAGACUGUGAACUGAGAUUCUUGAAACAAUUAAGAUGCACUGUGCUGACAAGUGCCUCUUUUGUGUUUGAGAUGUCUUCACUAGUCCAAGUCAUUGCAACCAAUGCGUGCAGAAUGAGGUAUAUGAAGCCUAACACUGAACAUUUUCCUGUGAGACCCAUGAAUCUAAAACAAAAUCAUACAAAAAGACACAGUAGAUGGGGUUAAAGUUGGACACACAAAAAUCCCAUAUGUUAUGCACCAAAGAGAUUGAAAGUGAAAACCUGAAACACACAUAACUGUAUGAUGUGCAUUGCCCCCCUUUUUAAAAUAACUUUUUUUUAAUAAUAAUACAAAACCUUUUAUUUUUUAUAUAUAUAUAUAUAUAUAUAUAUAUAUAUAUAUUAGUGUUUAUACUGGGUGGGUUGAGUGGUGGAGGGAUAGGUAGUGGUGUGGUGGGGUUGUUGCAGGUCUCGGUGGAUGCAGAAUGAUGGCUUCUACAGUGUUGUGAUCAAAAUAGUCUUCAGAUCAGGAUAGGAGUUGAUUUGAAUUAUUUCCAGCUAACUAUGAGACCAGAAAACAUUGGCAAGGCAUAGAUUUUAUAAUUUCUUUACAGUUGCCAGUUUAUUAGAAAAAAAAACGAAUGCAGUCUAAUACAACAACCCUGCAAUAAAUCCUCCCUUAACUAACAUUAUAAUGUGGUGCUGUUAAAUUAUGUUGCACCAUGCUUAGGUGUUUCUAAUAUUAUGUCAAACGAUUUUAUAACCAUUCACCAUGCAUUCUCUUUUUAAUUGUGGCAAUGUUUAUCUGUAAUAUUUCCAUUUUUUUAUACUUAAUUUUUUUACGUGAAAUGAAUGUACGGAAGGAAUUCUAAUUGUUGAUCAAAUGUCUGAAACGCUACAUCUAAACUGGAGUCCACUAAUGAGUCUCUGGUGCAGGCACUAGUGUUUAGAUGGCUGUGGAAUAUUGUAAAUAACUUUAAGUUUCAGACUGGGUAAGAAACAGCUGCAAUGUGUGUGUUUGUAAACUGUCUAUUUUUGCCUUGGUAUUAAGAGGUCUUAUUUUUAGGUUAAUAAAUUCAGUUGGGUAGCACUGA